AUGGCUUCAAAUAAACCAAUUUUAAUUACUAUCACAAAGAAUAAUGCUAGAGUGUUUGUGGGUACUUGGAUUGAGGGUAGCAAUGGCGCCCACUCAUCCUCAGAUAGCCCUAGAUUAAAACACUUUGGUAUCAAGAAAAAAUUUAAAAAAAUUAUUGUAUCUUCCCAGGUAGUUUGGAAUUGUAUUGUUAGACAUAGUAAAUGGCCACACGUUGGCAAUUUACCUAACAACAAAUGGUAUAAGGAUAUGGUUACUAACGCCCACGCAAUGGAAAAAAUGGCGCUCAAUAAGUCACAGCUCUUGUCUUUCAACCAAGACUACCUGCAUCUUUAUUCCCACUUUGCUGGAAUUUCAGCUAGCCCAAGGACAACUUCACGAUGCAGUUCAAUUAUCAAAUAUGAUGAUAAUGAUACAUGUUCCAUUGGGGAAGACGUAAUUGUUAAGGGCGGCAUCUCGAAUUUUAAAGCAUAUAUUCUGCUUUUAAAAUCAUUUGUUGGUACAGGUGUGUUGCUGCUACCCAAUGCCUUCAAAAAUGGAGGUAUGUUGUUUUCUAUAAUCCUUUUCAUCUUUAUUGGUAUUUAUUCCUUUUGGUGUUACUACAUUUUAUCUGUAGUUAAGGUAUCCACCAAAUUGUCGUGCUUUGGUGAAAUAGGUAAGAGAAUCUAUGGAACACCCAUGAAAGUUGUUAUUCUCUUUUCCCUAAUUCUCACUCAAUUGGGCUUUGCUAGUACUGGCAUCAUAUUUGUUGCCAAUAAUAUGAAGCCCAGUCUGGAAGCUUUAUUUCACUGGAAAGAUAUAAAAUACUUUUAUUUGAUAUUCUGCCAGUUGAUUUUAUAUAUACCAUUGGGCCUGAUAACUGACAUUAAAAAAUUCUCAAUUACUACAAUGGUUUCUAACGUUCUGAUGCUAUCAGGUCUUUCUAUUGUUUUCAUUUCUUGCUGCUCGACUCUCUCGAUACAACCUUCUGAACAUUUUGUUGAGAACAUCAACUACAAAUUCAAUCCAAGGAACUGGUCUCUCUUUGUCGGCACAGCAAUCUUUGCAUUUGAAGGUAUUGGAUUAAUUAUACCUGUUCAGGACUCAAUGAGGCACCCAGAAAGUUUCCCCUUGGUUCUGGCACUCGUUAUUACUUCCUCUGCUGUCAUCUUUUUAGCAAUUGCGAUCAUCGGCUAUAUGGCAUUUGGCAACGGAGUCGAGGUUAUAAUUUUACAAAGUCUUUCAUCGGGAAACAUAUUAAUUAAUCUGUUGCAGCUAUUAUACUCAUUUGCAAUAAUGAUUGCAACUCCACUGCAGAAUCUUCCGGUGGUUACUAUCUUAGAAGACCUAUUAUUUGCCAAAAUUGAUAUAGAUAACAAUAACAAUGAAACUUUAGAUGACUGUUCAAUCGAGGAAGUGUCAAAAUCUAAUAAUUUGAUGCCACUAACGGAGAAGAAAGAUAUAACUACCCAAAAAGAGAUAUCAUCGACUGACAUUUCUGAAGGUGCACUUUUGCCUGUCCUCGACUGCUUCAGAAUAGUAAAAGACGUGCUGACAAACAGUCAGGUACCAAAAGUGUGUUUGAGACUUGGUAUUACUAAUUUAGUCGUGUUUUUGGCCUACUUUGGCUCUGGACAUCUGGAGAAAUUUGUCGCAGUAAUUGGCUCUUUAUUUUGUAUUCCAUUGGUAUAUAUGAUUCCCCCAGCGCUGCAUUUAAAAGAUUACAGUAUCAAGAAAGACUCAGGUAAAAUACUCAAGCCUAACAUUUACCUUGACGUUGGUUUAAUAAUGAUUGGGGCUAUUAGUAUGGUAUACACCACCUAUUUAAGUAUAAUUUUGUAA